UCCAAGAUUGUACAAAUGUCUAAAUAGUGGCAGGCUUGAAUAUAAAAUUGUCCACAGGUGGUACCCCAUAUGGAAAAAAUGACACCAAGUCCCAAAAUUUUGCCACUUUUCUGUGCAUCCAGGGGGCUCCAUGUGACUAUCUUUUCCCUCAAAAAUCCAAAACCCAUAUGUAUAGCCUGUUGCUCUCUCACAGGUCUUAUACAUCUUGAACCCAUGUCUGGCACACUUGCUGGGGAGAAAUUGUUUGAAUGCAAGGUGGCCAGAAAAAUGAAUGAGGGACUCAUCAACACAGAUUUUUUGCUGGGGAGUAUAGUCAUCAGCAAAUUUUUGGUUAAGGUGAUUUAUGAGGGGUCGAAUUUUGGGAAGCCGGUCAAAUUCAGGGUUACCCCAAGGACAACAGAGUGUGUUGUUGUUGAAAUGCAUAAAACACAUUAUACUCUCAUAUCUAUGCCUGGCCACGGCAGCAGAGAACACAGGCAUAUGAUGAAUCAGGUCUGUGGGCCAAUACAACCACAAUUAUUUUUUUUUAGUAAUGCCCAUGUUGAGGGUUAGGCCAAAAAAAACCUUAAAUUUGGAAACCGUAAUGGGUUUCCAUGUGAAUGGUCUGGUAGGGUUUGAAUUUGUGUUGUCGGUGAUAAAUUACUGUGCAUAUACAUCGCUUUGAUCCACAAUCAAUGCAUACAGAUCUUCCAUGAAAAACAGCUCCAAAUAAUGCAAGGGAGUAUUUAAAUUUGCCGUUUCCACCUGAAUUCCGGGUUGGGCAGUGAAUGGGGGAAGUACGGGUGCUGCAGAAUUUGUGGGCUGCCAAUUGGGAUUUGCAAGCACAUUCAGAAGGAUACUAGGGGCUCUACAGGCAUGUGUGCGAAUUCUUGGUGGUUGCGGGACAACACUUGUGCUCGCCACCGCAGCAGCUUGUACUGCACUUAUGGGACUCGCCACGUCACCAAGUGAUACUGCAGUGCUGGUAUGUGAAAGACCAGGAUGUACUAGGCUACUGGUGUACACCAGUUCACCAAAAGGUAGAGCGGCACCACAGUACUGGCACUCUGCUGCAU